GGGAACAACGUGAAUGACCUUGCAAAGGUAUCUAGUCCACUGGGGGCAGGAUUAGCAAGCCUGAAACCACUACAAACAUUUAACGUCUUUUCUGUGCAUUCCUCCGGAAGCUGCUCUCUCCUCUUGCACCCGUCUCGCCGUCUCCUCUCGGCUCGCUCAGACAUACAAAGCCCAACCCGCCCAUCUCUUCUUUGCAAACCCAGAGAACUUCAGUCCCCAUGUUGAAAGUCGUCGGUGGCGGUGGCGGUCAGGACUGGGCAUGCUCAGUAGCGGGGACAGGUCUGGGAAGCGAGGAAGCAGCGUUUGAAGUCCAGCAGCCGGGGGAUCUGGAGGAGGCGGGCUGCAGGGGCCCCAGCUGGGGGUGCGCUGGGAUCCUGGAUCCCGCGCCCAGGGUGGGCAUGCUUCAGGCGGGCGCAGCAGAGCCCGCGCGAGAGGGACAGGACGUGGAGGAGCUGGGGGAGCGGGUGGGAGGAGGGGAGGAGCGCCCGGCUCACCAUCCCCCGGCGCCGACUCUGCAGCUGCCGAAUCGGAAGCCGCAGGGAGGAUCCGGGGAAAUAAAGACGUCCGAGAAUGACCUCCAGCGAGGCCGCCUGAGGCGGGGCGCGCGCUCUGCCCCACCAGCCUCCGGCAUGGGCGACCACAGCCGACAGCCAGAGUGCUCGGCCCCAGACGUCCCGGGGGCCCCCGCAGGCACCGGAGCCGCUGCGGUGAACGGGCUGCUGCACAACGGCUUCCACCCACCGCCGGUCCAGCAGCCGCCGCGCCUCUGCAGCCGGGGCCCUGCGGGCGGCAGCGACGCUGCGCCCCCGCGCCUGCCGCUCCUGCCGGAGCUCCAGCCCCAGCCGCCGCCCCCUCUACACGACUCCCCGGCCAAGAAAUGCCGCCUACGGAGGAAGAUGGACUCGGGGAAGAAGAACAGGCCGCCAUUCCCAUGGUUCGGCAUGGAUAUCGGUGGAACUCUGGUUAAACUGGUCUACUUUGAACCGAAGGAUAUUACAGCUGAAGAGGAACAAGAGGAAGUGGAGAACCUGAAGAGCAUCAGAAAGUAUUUGACUUCUAACAUCGCUUAUGGGAAAACCGGGAUCCGAGAUGUCCACCUGGAACUGAAAAACUUGACCAUGUGUGGGCGCAAAGGCAACCUGCACUUCAUCCGCUUCCCCACCUGUGCUAUGCACCUGUUCAUCCAGAUGGGCAGUGAAAAGAACUUCUCCAGCCUUCACACCACGCUCUGUGCCACGGGAGGCGGGGCUUUCAAGUUUGAGGAGGACUUCAGAAUGAUCGCGAACCUGCAGCUCCAUAAACUGGACGAACUGGAUUGUCUGAUUCAGGGCCUGCUCUACGUCGACUCCGUGGGCUUCAAUGGCAAGCCGGAAUGUUACUAUUUUGAAAAUCCCACCAAUCCUGAAUUGUGUCAAAAGAAGCCGUACUGCCUUGAUAACCCAUACCCCAUGCUGCUGGUGAACAUGGGCUCAGGUGUCAGCAUCCUAGCUGUGUACUCCAAGGACAACUAUAAGAGAGUUACAGGGACCAGUCUUGGAGGUGGAACAUUCCUAGGCCUAUGUUGCUUGCUGACUGGUUGUGAGACCUUUGAAGAAGCUCUGGAAAUGGCAGCUAAAGGCGACAGCACCAAUGUUGAUAAGCUGGUGAAGGACAUUUACGGAGGAGACUAUGAACGAUUUGGCCUUCAAGGAUCUGCUGUAGCAUCAAGCUUUGGCAACAUGAUGAGUAAGGAAAAGCGAGAGUCCAUCAGCAAGGAAGACCUUGCCCGAGCCACACUGGUCACCAUCACCAACAACAUUGGUUCCAUUGCUCGGAUGUGCGCGUUGAAUGAGAAUAUUGACAGAGUUGUGUUUGUUGGGAACUUUCUCAGAAUCAAUAUGGUCUCCAUGAAGCUGCUAGCAUAUGCCAUGGAUUUUUGGUCCAAAGGACAGCUAAAAGCUCUGUUUUUGGAACAUGAGGGUUACUUUGGAGCUGUCGGGGCACUGUUGGAACUGUUCAAAAUGACCGACGACCAGUAGAGAUGAGCCAUGGACGGAACAGUCCUCUGUGAGAACAGAGACCCGGAAUCGCUGCUGGAGAAGGUGAAAGUCGCUACGGGACGGAAGCCAAGCCAUUCAUGCUGGAUUUUCUAAAUCAUUAAAAAGCUGAUCUUUUCCUCUUGGGUUUUGAGCUUAUGAUUCAAAAUGGGGAAUACAAGAGUUUUUUUUUCUGUACACUGUAUUUUUAAGAAAAACAAAACAACAAACAUUUUGUGCAGCGUGGCCAAACCUACCAAUUUUAUGCAUUAACUUCGAAGAGUUGUAUGAUGUUUAAGAAGGACCUGAAAUAUAAGUGCUGUUUAUACUUCUUCUGGGGUUUACUGAUCAGUGUGGUAAUUUUAAAUUCGUUUAGUAAUUACUCUAGGAGAUUUUACCUUUACUUAUAUUUUUUCAUGACGUUUCAUGAUUUGCUGUUGGUUUCAAAUGAAACUACAAAUCUGGCAUGUUUUACUGUGAACACUAUUUUGUUUGUUUGUUUACCUUUUAUUGUCUUGAUUUUUUUCUGUUUGAAUGUCUUAUGGAAAAAGAGUCUUUGCUCCUGUUUCUGUCCUCGGAUGACUCCUCCUCCCCACCUUACCUUCCUUCACUGUGUUUGUUCAGAUAACUCAAGGUGCUGUCCAAAUCAGUACGAAGUUAGGCAUGAGACCUGAACCUCUCAAAAGUGCCCUUGAAGGGGAAACUCUGAAAGUGUUCAUGAAUUCAAGGCGUCUGGUAAAAGUUGAAAAUCAUAUGCAAUUUUAUCAUAUCCCUAUGAGUGUGGUGUCUUGUUGGAUUUAUUUUCUAUUAGGUUAUAUUAAGUUGAAAUGUUCUAUAAUGAAAUGUCUUCAACUGUGCACAAAGUAUAAAUGAAAUCCUUGUGCAGGACACUGAAAAGUAUAGGGCGAAUUCUCCCGGUAGAUUAACUGUUCACACUGGGAGGGUUAGGAGAAGUCGGGGAUUGAGGUGUCAGAUAGUAAUAACUUUUUGUUUUAUACAUGUAUGUAUACUUAGGAGCUUUGUAA